AUGACUCGAACGACAAGUGACCUAUUGGAUGACAGGCUAUCAACACUCUGGCAGUCAGCCUGUGAUGACUACGCUAAAGAAACGGGGAUUGCGCUUACCGAUGGCGACUUCCCCAAGAUCCACGGUCCCGAGGAUCUGUCGCGUCAUCUCGACGCCGAAAGGGACCAUUUCGAGGACUUUCGAAUGAAAAAACGACCACUCUUGCAUGCUAUGCAGAUAAUCCUGGCGCCGUUCGAGCACUGGGGGGAUCUGCUUGCGGGGGUCGCCUCCGCAGCUUUUCCCCCGGCGUCGUCGAUCAUGGGCGCCAUGAUGCUUCUCGUUCGAGGGGCUCGCAGAGUCAGUGAAUCGUUCGACAUGCUCAUGGACCUGUUUCACAAACUCGGUCAUUUUGCCCUCCGUCUGGACUCGUACAAGGGGGUUUCUCUGAGUGAAGGGAUGAAGACCAUCAUUGUCCAGGUCUUGGUCAAUUUCCUUCGUGUCUGUGCGGCGUCGCAGAAAUUACUCCGUCGGGGGUCGCUCCGAGCAAGACUUACGAAAUGGACAAAGAACGUCCUGGUUGAGGAUACGUCGAUCAGGUCGCUCCUGGACGAGCUGGAGGAGUUGACGAGCCAGGAGCACAAGAUGGUGUCUGCGCAUGCGCUCGAUCUCACUCACCAGGCGCUCAGAAGCACCGCGGAAUUACUCGAGCGAGACGACAACAGGAACGAGCGCGACAGACUGGACAAAGUGAAGAAAGCAUUAGAUCCCGUUUCCGCGUCCGGCCGCGUCUUCUCCUCCCUCAACGAGAACCGCAUACCCGGAUCGGGCAGCUGGAUUGAAGACAGGAUCCGGUCCUGGUGGCAGAGUCCUGAUCCUUUACUCUGGAUCCAUGGAGGCCCUGGUGUGGGCAAAUCCUACUUGGCGUCGAAGAUCAUCAGCGAUCUCGCGACAGCAGACUCAUCCGCUCCAUCUACGCCGCCCAUCGUCGCCUCUUUUUUCUUCAAGAACAACGAUGUCGACCUACGCUCAUUUAACAAAGCGUUGCGGACCCUGGCAUGGCAAGUGGUCGUACAGCGAUCGAGAUUUGCGGCGCAUGCAGAGGAUUUCUGUCUGAAGGAAGACCCAGCCAACAGCUAUGUUGUCUGGAGGAAGCUCUUGCUUGACUUCUUCGUCAAGUCUCCACCGGACGCCGGAACGUGCUUUGUCAUUGACGGUAUCGACGAGGCCGAUCCAGAGGAGCAAGAAAUCCUCUUUCGUCUGCUCGAGAGCACAUAUGCGACAGAGGACCAGACAGGCCCAAGCGCACCAAUCCGCGUCGUACUUCUGGGCAGGGAUUCCGUGCGCGGCAUCCUCGAGGAACACUCCCUCGGCGGGAUUCCAGAGAUCGAGAUCACCAAUAACCAGAAUCAGGACGACCUGCACAGAUACGUCUCUCAGAAGCUGCAGAAGACCAAGUUGUUUCGCGGCUAUCCAGACUUCCUCGACGAAGUUGUCCAGGACAUAUGUGGACAAGCGGAAGGCCUCUGGGAGUGGGCGAACCUGGUCAUCAAAUCUGUUCUACGCUGCCGGUCCAAGGAACAGAUUCGACGAGUGGUGCGGACGAUGCCGCGAGGAAUCAGUGCAAUGCUACAUGCAGAACUGCAGCGUUUGGCUAGAGAGUUGUCGGCCUCGGAUGCAAUGUCGCCUGAGUUGUCCGAUGGAGAAGGAUCAUCCGGGGACACAACGACGCAGAUUCAACAGCUCAACCUGUUACUCUCAUUUGUGGCGAUGGCUCAAAAGCCGCUGACGGUGGACCAACUCGACCUUAUCUUGGAGGUCAUCCUUGAAGAGGAGGUUUUGAAUCUUGAGGAUGAUCUGCGCACGGCAUACUCAUCCCUCUUUUCGCUCCGUCCCGCGCUGGGUGAAGGAGAUAAAGGGGAAGAUGAUGAUGAUGAUGAUGAGGUAGAAAAAGACACAGUCAUUGUAACUCUGCGACAUAGUUCUUUCUAUGAAUUUUUCAGCACAUCUGUGGAGGCCGGACCCAUUCAGGUCGACCCUGACCGAGCGGAGGCGUCCUUUGUAUUUGUCUUACUCUACGCCCUGCAAAGAAAAUAUGCACCCAAGUCCGAGAGGAUGCUAGGACUGAUCAGCCGGUAUGCUCAGAAAUUCCUACCACUGCAUCUGGAGCGUGCAAAUCCAGAAAAGGCAGAUCGGAGAGAAGGGAUAGCCAAGCAGCUUGCCGCUCUCCUCACCGAGGAGCCGGUAUUCAACCCUCAGCACUGGCUCAUCGAACAAUACGACGUGGUCUAUGUGACCACAUACGAUCAAUAUAUGUGUUCUCGCGCAACCGACAUUGCUUGUUACUGGUGGAAUACUCAGAAGCGUGACACGGCGAACCAGAGGGCGGAGUUGGUCCUGAAUUGGCUCUCCCCCGAUACGAAACAGCUCCUGCAGGAUUGUGCUCGAUCAUCGACGGUGGCAAGCGAUGCCUGUCCUUUUACGGUUCUUUUCUCGCGUAUGGCAGAGUCCUUCUCCCGGCUUUGGCUGGCUCCGAAAGAUAUCGAAGAGAAAGACGGAUUACCGGAAGGCCUCUCCACCUUCCUAUUUGUAUACGCUCAGAUGGCGGGCACCGAGUUUCCAACCGCCGAGGGGGAGUUGGGAGGGGUAGUACGCAUAGCGUUGAGGACUGCCGAGAUCAUGCAGGUCGCCGAGAUGCAGCGUCUCGAGAAGACGCCCGUCUGGCAUGCUCGAGUGGCUCAGGCGCUCCUCCUGCAUGGUAACUACAGGACGGCCCUCGAACAGUUCCAGAUCUGUCUUGAUGACCAUCAGCGAAACCCUGUCCUGAGCAAACAAGCGCUAUUUGCCAUUCACAGGGACAUGGCUCGCGCGUGUACCGAGACCGGAAGAUACAGGGAGGCUGUAGAACACUCUGAUCUGGCCGAGUCGCUGCGCGACGCGUCCUGGGAUAGUAGCUGGCAGGAUCCUAUUGGCCGACUGCUGAAUGCUGCGCAAAUGAAGCACUUGGCGAAAAUGACCGAUGAAGCUGUUGCCACCGCAGAUGAGGCCUGGGAAACGUAUCGUGGACAAAAGGAGGAUUAUCGAGACCGGUAUACGCUGCAUUCAUUCUUCUCGGUCUUCCUGGAGCUGCACCAGACACACCGUGUCCAAGAUGUGUUGGACUUGGCCGCUUCUCAUCCUCAGGAGUUUCAGUUUACCGAACGAAUCGGUUUGGUCGAGUUCCUCGCGUCAACACUGACUUGGACACGCCGUCUGGUAUAUAGGGUCCUUCACCAUACGCGGACCCGGGGCGACGGGAAGCUUAUUGACCUUGUGGCCUCGGCUGUGGCCAGAGCCGAGGCCUCGGAGGGGGAAUUAACAGAUGACCUGGCGGCGGCGAAAUACUUCAUCGCAUCACUGAUGGUCGAAAACGGCCGAUUCAGCGCAGGAAUCCAGGCUUGGUACCAGCUUGCCGCCCUCGACCACCCUCGCGGGGAUAGGGAAAGGGCUCAGGCGCGGUCGCUGAGUCGCUUAGCAGCCGUGUGCUUAUGCAAUCCGGAGAUUCCACUGUGCGACGAGCCCCCUCUGAGACUGGAUGAAAAGGCCGAAUACAGUGAUAUCUGUCUGGUCAUCUCGAGUUGGCUGCGGUAUCACGGUGAUCUCGCAAACGCCCGGACAGCUCUCCGCGGACGGGUGAAGAAAAGUAUCGAGCUGUUGUCGGACGACGAUCCUUCCAACGACGAUGAUGCCUUCCUGAGCCUCUUCCAGACACUUCUGACGGCGGCGGACAGUGACGAGGAUCUGAGCGGAGCCUUGUACUGUACCAAGGCCUGGUACAAGGACUGUCUGCGGGAAGCGAAGAGCGACCAUCGAAUGUCCGAAGGUGGCGUCGCCAAAUCUCUGAACCAAGUGCACCUGGUCGCUGACGAGACCCAGGUACCGGAUGAUGGGGUCUCUGAACGCCGGAUCUCGUACACGAUCGACUAUUUCGCCGAGUGUUCGAACUGCAAGUGUGAGAUGAAAUCCAUCUGCCACUGGUACUUUUGCCUUUGUUGCCCGUUCAUGAUGCUGUGUCAAUGGUGUUACCACGAGAUCCAGUCCGCCUUAUCCCAGGAUGGUACGUCCCAUCCCCAGGGUAUCUGCGACCCUCAGCACGAGUUCUAUUAUACCGGCGGUCCGCUUCGGGCCGUUGAGCGUGUGCCCGAAGGGAUGACGGUCCUUGACGGUCUUGAUGGAACGAAGCGGACGGCAUGGAUCGAGGAAUGGAAGCAUCAGCUGUCCGAGAAGUGGGAGACGGCCGACUUUGCCUUUGCGGGAGGACUGUCGGCCUGGUGUAUGCGCAUAUUGCCGGAGCCCCAGCGAUCUCGGUGGGCUCGACUCUUUGUGUGA